GUGACUGUACAGUCUGUCAGUCAGUCAGUGUGAAUUAAAGGGCUCUCCGCGAGCCGCUCAACUUACACACACACACUCUCUCCACACAGACACCAGUCGCAUGCUGGUCUAGCACGUUGAAUGAAUGAACAGCUACGGCAUGCAAGUAAUCAGCCGCGGUGAGGAUCACAUCUGAUUGGGUAUAGGAGUCCCAUCACAGGCAUACUAUGUUGCGGAACAGGUACGGUUCGUACACGCGUUCCAGUGAUCGCUGGAGUACAGGAGUCGUUAUCUGUGUGGAGUACGAUCAAGUCAUUGUUUAACUCUCCCACUGCUGCUUCCAAUAAGUGAGGUAAGAGAGAGGAGGACAACUUGUGGAUAUUACAAUGUAAAUUGGUGUAAUAUUGUAUAACGUGUUUGGGAUAUCCUGUGCUUCAAUGGAUUUAUCUCUACAUGGUGUAUACUGCAGUGUUUCUCUCAUGAGUGGAUAGCCUAUUUCCUUUUGAAGAAGGUUCUGUGAAAAACAGACCAGUGGUAUUCUACACAAGGGUGAGUCUAUGGAUGAGCUGGACCAAGGGAUACUGCAGAGUCAAGCGCUGUAAUUAGUGAUGUCAAGGGAGUAGUGAAUUGUACACGAGGAAAGAGCGAUACUUGGCAGAAGCACGUACUACCUCCAGUGCGGGAAAAUCCACGAACAUCGACACAAACUUUUGGAUACAAUGUCUGUGAACGACGACGGCUGAGGACACUGAACCGAUAUGCGUCGAUUGCGACCACCAAAUUGGGUGUACCAUCCUCUUGAUGUAAGAUACUUAACGGAUAACUAGUGACGGUCCCGUGAUGUGAACAAAGCUAUGUGUGGGAUUGCCUCAUCAGAUCCAAUGUGGCCAAUUCAGGGAUUAUGUGUGACGUUUUCGCUCCUGGGUUUGUUGUGGAGCACAUGCCCAUCAGUGUCUGCAGCUCGGCCUCUGCGCUACACCAACCCUAAGUAUUUGGACACUCCUGAAAACAUCACAGUUGAGAGUGGUCAGGAAGCUAUCUUACCAUGUGCUGUAGAAAAUCUCGGACCAAAAUUUGUUAUAUGGAAGAAAGUGACUCAGCUCCAUCCAAUCACAAUUGGAGAAUACCUGUAUGCUCCUGACAGUCGAUAUUUCCUUAAAAGGAGAUCCACACAGAUCGCAAAUCCUGAGUGGGACCUACAUAUCCGUGAUGUUCAACCAGUCCAUGCUGGCGUAUAUGAAUGUCAGAUCAGUGCUAAGGAAGACAUUGUACGCUACAUAACAUUGCACGUAAUAGACACAGGCAAAAAACAAAAGCCAGGAAUCAGGCUGAUGGGCACACCUUUUGUAGAAAAAGGGGAUACAAUUAAACUCAACUGCACAGCAUCAGCAAAAGAUUAUUCUCCUCAAGGAGUGGACUGGUUUAAAGAUGGAAUAAAAUUACGGCAGACUGAGAGAAUUUCAAUUAACAGCAUACCCACACGAAUACACAAAACAGUACAUAGCAAGUUGGAGAUAAUGCGAAGUAACAUGACCGAUGCCGGUACCUAUGUCUGCCGGAGCUCACAGUAUCACAUUGCAAGCCUCAAAGUUAUUGUACUCAAUGCCAAGUCCGUGAAUGUAAAACGUGGAUAUAUUCCAUUUUUAGGACAAUUUCCUGGGUACACAACUCCAAAGGAGCUACUGCCACAGACCUCAAGGGGGAGAAACUUGUCAUCAACAACUUUGUGUCUGUUGCUUCCCGUUGUUCUGACCACAUUGUUGAUGUGGACAGCAUCAUCUCUGUCAUGGCACAGAUAGUAGACAGAAAGGUGUUUGUGUUCUCUCCUCCACCAUGUUAUUGAUGGUGCGCUCUGUACAUAACAUCAUCCUCUGAGAGCUCCAUGUCAGAUGCCAAUGGUCUUCACUGGACAUGAUGACAAGCAAGGUGUACACUGUACAUAGGCCUUAUUCUUGAAGGCUAUUGGUGUCUAGAUGUCACUGUACAGAUUGACAUGUAUAAGAAUCAUGGUAUACAGAGAAGCCGUACAAAUGGUCAAGUCAUCAUGUCUGUGUACUAAAAUGUGCACCCAUUUCAGUCAUGUCUGAACCACCUAGUGUUGGAUGAACCAGUUACUAGAGGAAAACGUGUUCUGAACAGUGUGUAGACUGUCAGGUUCUGAAACAACAAAACACAUCUUCAAGGUCUACACUGGUCAUCUUCAGAUCAAGAAGAAUGUGGGGGAAAUCUAUUCUAUGUGUCCAGCAUUUGAAUCAGUGGACAAUAUUGAAUAUGUACAGAUAUGAAACCCAGGGAGACAACAUUAUCCUUGUCAUGGAACUGGUGGGACUCUACCAGAAGGCAUGUAUCUUGGUGAUGAUGUUGCCAUCAGAAUGGAACAGUAUAUAUUCUGAUACCGAUCAUAUUGCAUCUGAUCUUCUUGGAUACGUUCAUCUUAGUUGACUAACACGGAGCCUCAGGUAUCCGGCAACAUCACUAAGUUAUUUAUAUGUAAACAUACUCUGAAGGCUUGUUGUUAGCUUGUAUGAUGCAUAACUUGGACUUUGUUGGUACAAGUGAGCUUUUCAGUCAGAUAUGGACCAACAUCAAGCAUUGCACUCAAAAAAGGACGGGUUAUUUAUUGUUUUUAAUUCCAUUUGUCAGGUUUGGGGAUAAAAUCAUUUGAAGAAAUUCUAAUAAUCUAAAGAUUAAACACACAGAUAAGCAUUCAUGUACUUGGAUUAUGUACAUUGAAUGAAAUACAUUUAGUUUUAUAUGUUGAUGGUUCUUGCUUCUAUGGCUUUAAUUCUUGUAGUCUGUGCUUACAAUGUUUAUGUAUGCAUUUAAAACUUCCAUUGAAUAAACAUUUAAGCUCUUACUGCUAAUUUCAUCAACAUUAUUGUCAAAUAAAGUCCAAAUUGUUUUCCUCUAUUGAAAUCUACAGUUUUCCUUGGAUGUUAAAUGUUGUUAAAUAUAUAUAUCAACACCAUGUGCCUAUAUUGUUUACCCAAAUCUCCAAUUACUCAUUGACCUAGUCUCAACUGGACAAGCCAAUGCCCUAAACCUGACAAUGGCAAUAAAUGGUUGCAAUGACACUGUCAGAAUAUGUUUAAUAGGGGCUCUCUGCCAACAAAGUGAUGGAAUUUCAAGGGAGACAACUCUUUCAAGAAAGAUAACUAUGAUAAAAGGGCAGACAACUCUGAAUAUCAUCAGUGUGAACUGUUGUAAAAGCCUUCUUACCAUUGCAGAUUCCUCUGAAGCUCAGACACAUGUGAAUCGUGAUCAUUUCUGUGUUUAGUGAUGAUUUUACACUGACAAAGAGAAUUCUCCCUAACAUUUGAGUAGGGAGAACAUUAUAUCUCCCUACCUCAGUACUCAAUGGCGAUUGGUCAAUCUCCAUCCAGGACAUGUGACCUACACUGGUUACUUAGCAACAGUCAGUCGCUCGAAUUGAAUUUCGACUGAUUUUAUUGUUGAUCGUAGAAGUCCCUUUUGGAAUCUGUGUUUUAUUGUAUAUGAUGUAUGCCAUGUAAUAUAUAUAUAUAUAACAGAUGUGCAAUACACGUAUGCCAUGUUUUCUUGUGUCACUAACCAAUCAGAAGGCAGCCUGUUAUCAGUGCAACAAUUGGUUUGAAAUUAACCUUUGAAAUACUUACUACUAGGCACAGAUAUACGGCUGUUCGGUUCAUCUCAUAGAAUUUGUGUUACUUCAUUUUGAUUUUUCUUGCACCAAUUUUAGCAUGAAGCUAUUCUAAAAGUAAUUUGAAGACAGAAAAUAGAAACUGUAAAUAUCAUCAAAAUGAUAAAAUAAUAAAGAAAACUUUGAAGUGUAUACUUGUUAUUUAAAUUUCGAAUGAUCAGAUGGCCUGUUUUGUCAAAUCUUGAGUAUGGAGACGCUAAUGAAGAAAGAAGAUGACAGAAAGCAAUGAAUUUCAAGAAAAAAUAGUCUUUCUUAAUAAAAUCUUCAGAUGAAAUCUUAAUUUCCAUCUAAGGUGAGCAAAAAUGAUGAACCAAGCAUAUCUGAAAGUAGACUCAAGUCUACGAAUGUGAAAUUAGAUCUGUACAUCUGAAGAUGGCAAAAUCUUUUCAUCUUGUAUCAUUGCAGUGAACUUCUUAAUGAAUAAACGAUAGCAGAAUAAAAUUUAGAAUAAUUCUUUUCACCAAAAAUGGAACCUUGUGUCCAUAAAUAAUUAUUCCUCUUCAAAUAUAGUUCUUACUGGUAUAUGAUGUUUUUAACAUUAACUGUUGCCAAACUGAUAAAAGUUUGGCAGUGAGGAUACUUGUCACAUAGAUUGAAAAGUUCUUACAGAUACAUGUAUACCCAGGUGCCCAACCCAACAAUGAAGAGGAUGGAUGGUUUCAGACAGCAAGGAAGAGCUACAGUUAUAUAACAUUAUGUUGUGAUGGAAGAGCAAAACAAGAUGUGUGUUGUGAGAUAUAAUGUUUGUGAUUCGUGGACUCUUUGUGUGAGGAUUGCACAGAUCAUGGACAGGGCACUGCUCAUACUGUAUUUGAACACAUUCCAAUGAGUGCCGCGUGAAACACCGCUUGACCAUAAGUUAUAAUUCGAUGAAAAUCUAAUGAUUAAUGUAUUGGGGCCUGAAUGCCACGAGCUGUAAUAUAACUUGAACUCAAACAGUGUACACUUGUCAGUGUACCAGGCAAGUUCCCUGUCCAUGAGCUAGGUGAGGUGUGUGCUGAUGGCAGUGACUCAUGGUGUAUGCUACUGCAGGGUCAUGUUGGUGAUGGGAUUUGAUGUUUCCUUCUGAAGGACUACAGGUUGUGAUGAAGCACUGCAAUAUACAUUUCUGUUGUUGUCUGAUGUAGGUGUCUGCCUCGCCGUACAAAUGGAUGAUGCUUUCGAAUGUCUCACUAUAGCUGCUAUACACAUUGUGUACCACUACUUACAUUUCUCUGUAUUGGGACACAGUUAUUAAGAAAUGUCCGUUUUAUUCAAUAAGGGACCAGAAAUUCAUUAUAUAUAGAAAUACAAUGAUAUUUUAUCAAUGUCCUCUGGUCCUUUUUGCUUUUUUAAUGAAAUAAACCACUAGUUUAAUCUUAAACAACAAACAUCGAUUUCAUUAUUUUGAAUUAACCCUUUCUCAAAAUACAUGAUUUUUAUACACAUUCCUCUGAUUUGGUCACCCAUUUCUGAUAGCUGACAGGUCCCUUUGAAUAAAAGGCUGGGAUACAAAAUUUGAAUGGGCACACUAGCCAGAGCCAGUUUUGUUGAUGUUAAAGGUGUCCUAACGGCUCGUAGAAAUUUUUAAAAAAUGUUUGGUGAGUGUUUCUAUAUGUUAACAAUUUUCAGGCUAAUUGACUUUCUAUGUUACUUUCUAUCACUGAAUAAAAAUGUUACAUCAGUUUCAGGGGAAGUAUGGUAUAGUGGUUAACGCCUUCACUCAUUGUUUUUUAUUAGCUGGUUUACAAUAGUUUAUGCCUAAAAUUCAAUGUAGGUGGUUGAAUUUUUUUUUUAAAUUUCAACGUCCAGAUUAGCACUGCUAAUAAUGAAGGGAAAAGAAACAAGUUUUAACAUGGCAAGAUACUGAAUUUAUCGAAAGAUAAUUGAUUUUGUAAGAAUAAAGAUUUUUAUGCGCAUUUAUCACCAAUUCCUUAUGAACAGCAGGGAUAAAAUCACACGGGUUUUUUCCUAUUUUACCUAACAGUUAAAGAAAGGCAUCCAAAAUAUAAAUUGUCAAAAAUCAUUGAAAUUGUUUUCCUAAUUUUAGUUGUUUUUUUUGGUCUGUCUUUUAAACCUACUUAAAUGAAUAUGAGGCCAAAUAUCUGCACUACCAAGACUGAUGGCAUUAACAAUUAAAUAGACAACUAAAACAGACCUAAUGGUCAAAGCAUGCAGAGACAAUCCAAGCUUUCCAUGACCAGUGAGGCAGAUAUAUACUAUCAGAACAAAACUAUUUCCUGUUUACAUAUUCAGUGUGAUGCUUGUAGUGAAACAUGCAAAGUAGUUAUAUUGAUUUAAAAUUAUUUCUAAUCAAGGACAUUAGAAAUAUAGACCAAUAUGUUGUGUUGUUGCUUUUGUGUAGCAAUCAUGUCACAUCUCCAUCUUGGAAAAGCAGAAUCCAUAGCAAUGGAGGUCAAAGUGAAAAAUGUUAUGUUUCAGUUUGGUCGAGAUCUUUUCAUCAUGUGUGUUAUUGUCACCAGUUGCUAGGGAUAUCCUAUCUCAGAACAGACAUUGAAACAGCAGUGUUUCAUAUUCAACAUGCAAUUCGACUCAUGGAGCAUUUGAAUUUCGUGUCAGUCAUCUAGUCUUAUUGCAUUAUUUCUUAUGUGUUUAACAUUCAAAAUGAAUCAAAUAAGUCAGAAAAAGGGAAAAUUGCAUUUAUCAUUUGGAUGGGAGAAUUGCAUUUAUCAUUUGGAUGCCACAUAAGUAAGGAGGAAGUGUGUAGAUUUGUCUACAUUUUUGUCACAGAUGAGUUGACAUAUCCAUUCAUUGCCUCUUGAUGUUUUAUAGGCGGUCGGGUAGCCUAGUGGUUAAAGCGUUCGCUCGUCAAACCGAAGACCCGGGUUCGAAUCCUGACAUGGGUACAAUGUGUAAAGCCCAUUUCUGGUGUCCCCCGCCGUGAUAUGUUGGAAUAUUGCUAAAAGCGGCGUAAAACCAAACUCUCUAACUUGAUGUUUUAUACAUACGUCAGUAACCGAUCAGGAGUCUCCCUUUGAAAACUUGUAGACACUACAAACACACUGAUCCUUAUUUUGGCUGUUGGAUUUACUGUAUUCAAUGUAAUAAGCGCCCUGCUCUAAUAAGCGCCCAUUUGCUGAUGAAUGGCGAUAUUUGCAAACAUAUUGGCUAGUGAACAAUCCCAAUUAGCACCCCUUCUGAUUAAUCAAUAUACACAAGACUUAUUUAUUUAUGUAUAAUACCCACUUGUGUGUUAUAUGCACCCUUAAUUAUGGGCAAUGAAAUUCUGGAAAAUGUAUCUGUAGUGUAUGAUACGCACAUACUUUUCUUUUGUAUCAUUUCAGGCUGUCAGGAUAAACUACAAAAUUUACAAUCUUUCAAGUCUGUUUUUCUUCUCAUCAAAAUUAUAUUCUGAUAAGAGCCCCCUAUAUCUAAUUUUGAGAACACCGCGGGCGCUUAUUACGUUGAAUACGGUAAAUAGAAUUAUGUACUUUUCAAAGGUUGAAUUUUUUUAACACAUUGAAAAUACUAACAUGAUUCAAAAAGAAUUUCCCAAUAAAUUAUGUAAAAAAACAACUACCGUUUACCAAAAAGAUAAAAUCCAAACUGCUACACUAAACAAAUAGUAUGUUGUAUUUUAACAAGGUUGCACGUCAAGCAUUUUUCUAUGACGGAAUUAAUGUUUGAAAUAAAUAUAUAACAACUCUUGAAUCUUACUUUGCAAAACUGUUAGAUCACCAAAAUAACAAACAAGGCAUCGAGUUAGAAACACCAGCAUUAUUUUGUAACUUGAUAACCUUCAAAAUGACACUACACUGUAGUAGAAUAAUCACUGACAAUACAUGUAUCUGACAAGCCAAAGGAUUGGACAGUGAGUGUUUAAAGUGCCAAAUCUUCAUGGAAAAGUGGCUUCAUGGAUUAUUAUGAAACAAUCUUAUUAAUAUGAGUUUCAAUUCUGAUGUGAAUAUUUAAAUGAAAAGGACAGCUAUGAAUAGAUUGUAUGUGAAUUGUACAUCAGAGAUGAAACUGGUAAAGUGUUAUAAGAAAUCCAGUAAUGAAGAGUUUUAUAUAUUUGUUUUUUUUAGUAUUGAUAGAUUUCAUAUGUAAAUAUAUAUGUUUUUCUAUGUACAUAGUUGCAAAUAUUUGAUGCACAAUGAUUUUCUGACAAUAGAUGUACUUAAAACAGGGGAAUGAUAACUUUGUAUUUAUUUGCUCAGCUUUUCUGUCACCCAAAAUGUCAGUAUCAGGAACAAAUGAUUAUUCUAUUAUGGCUAUGCCAUGUCCCAGGAAGGCUUUCCCAAGCUUACAAGGUGAUUAAAAAAGUCAGAUUAUUUUUUCAAAUUGUGGAAAGGAUUAAGUAAGGCCUUUUAACCACACGAUUUCCAGGUUUUUUUUAAAUAUAACGACGUCACACCAUUGUUCAGACAGUGAAAAUGUUCAAGUAAGGCCUAUUUAUAAUCACAAUUUCCAGUUGGUGUUAAAAAUAAGAAAAUAAUUUUAUGAACAUUUUUCUUAAAGUCAAAAACAAAAAAGUUGUGGCGUAACAUAAAUUUUUUUCUAUAUCUUAACGAAGAGUCAAAUAUUUGCUUCCUCACUUGGUGAUGUAUUUUGAAGGUUUUUGACUAUUAGCUGUCUUGACAAGUAGAAAAAAAUAUAUUGUAUUCCACAUAAGGGACAUUUUAGGAUGGUUGAACUAAGUACAUGUAUUAAAGAAACACCUUGUGUUGCAUGCACACACAUGGGCAUAGCACAUAUGACAAACAGUUUUUCUUUUGUGGAAAUAACUGAAUUUCACCCUUUCAAGACAAUUACAUUUAGCUUCUGCAAUUUCAAUUUUAUAGGUGUCCCUUCAGUGCUAGCUAUUUGCUGAUAAUGUAUAUACCCAAUUGGUCUAUUUUAGAUUUGGGUGAUGCAGUUGUUCCAAAUGUUCCAAACAAUUUCUUGUAUCAGCCAAUGGGUUUCUUUCACUAUUCAUAUACACAAGCUGAACUAACAUGUGUAAAUUACCAUGGCAACAGUUUGUGUUGAACAAUAUAAUUACAUGCAUAUUUCAUAUAUCUACUCAGUUUCUGAUAUUUAGCUUACUUUGUAAAUAUGAAUGUAUGAUAUUUUAAUGUCCAAAUCUGGUUGAUGUAUGAAUAAAAACAUUUGGAAGCAUAUAAACUUUGAUUUUCAAUUCAAACCUUGAUUUCUUAUAUUGAGAUUACACACCUUUAAAUUUUUUUGAUAAAACCACAACUUGUGCUUUCAUGUUUAUGAAGUAAGCUUGAUCAUGCAUUUAUAAUGUGUCACGAAUGACCUCUGUGCUAGUUUGGUGUGGGUCAGUGGCUCCCCCUACUGGCCUUGACCCCUCUAAUCUCUGUGCUUUCUUACUGAGAACGUUUGUACAGCUCUACGUUGCCACGACUCUUGAAUAAAAAAGAAACUUCUA